AUGGACAAGCUCAAGAUACCGAUUCAUGAGAUGUUUUUUGCCUACGUCGUCGACAUUCUACCGAAGCCGUACGCUAGCGAGGUGACUAAGAUGCUGUGUCUCAAGGUAGCAGAUCUGGCGCUUGCCAAUACGGCGCUCACGCAGCUCAAGAUUAAGAAGAUCAACUGCCACAGGUUCAUGGACGAGAGGGAUAUGGCGAACAAGGACGCAGUCAUCGAGGCGGGGCUGCCAGCGAAUGCCGACGACCCGGACGUGCCCAAGCCACCGUUAGACGAGUAUAUAAAUGCAGCAAGUUCCGUGCCAACGUAUGGGAGACGAUCGGGCAAGGCCAGCAGAAACAAGCUGCGGGACAACUCCAAGUCACAAUCGUCAGUCAGUACCGCCUCGGCUGCGGGUAGUAACGCUGAUGCACAGUCCCCAACCCACACCAAGAGCCGGUCUCAGCAGCCAGCAAGCAGCACGCCAAAGCAGGUGAUGCCUUUCAAGAAAGACACGCAAUACUUUCUGUUCAACAUGGGAGUCACGUACGAAGACAACACGCCAACGUUCUAUCUCAACGCCAUGGUUAUCUUGAGCCCUAAGGAGGGCAAGGAGAAUGAGCCCCUUUUUGAUGAGAUUAAGGCUACGCGAGUCCAUGGAAGGCUCAAGGGCCCUGUGAUAGCAUACAACAAGCUUCCGCUAACAUUUGUCGGAGCUGGCUUCCUCAUGGAGGAGACGGCAUUUGUGAUGAGACCAGAGAGAAAUGAUGACGAGUUCCGCGAAGUUCUUGGCGGGAUGCGACUAGACCACAAAGAGCAGGUUAGGGCAAGCCAUAAUGAUCUCAUUCGCGCAGCCAACGACAAGCUGGAGCCGAACAUAUGGCUCCAGCGGGUAGGGUGGGCAGAGCAUCUAGGCGGAUUACUCAUCAGCCAGCCCUGCGAAACCAUGGCCCCGAUUCGGGCGGCCGAGGAGGAUGUGUUGCAGAAGUUCCCGGAUGACAAGAGGUCGUUGUACCGGCUUAAGGAGAGGCAGUGCUAUACAUGGGACGAGUUCGAGCAGUUGGUCGAGGACGCCGUGUGCAGGGAUGGUGAGGCGCCGUCAGACGCACUCCGGCAGGCAGCGCUGAACAUGCUCGCCAUCACUGGCAUCCGGGCCGAUGGCGGCUGGGGCGACAUCACGGACUACACGACUAAGUACUCAGUCAUUAUCAAUGUCGCACGCAUCCACCAUAUGAGCGAGGAGACGGCCGACGAAAGCGUACAGGGUCCCUAUGCUUAUAUACCAAGGAUGGUAUGGAGGUUUAUGACCCGUACGUCCGGGGCCCCUGAGGCCGAGCCGACGCCGAUGGACUGGAUUCUCGACACACGGACGUACGGGAUGCACAUUCAGUACAACACACCGGCUACUAGCGCAAUCGACUAG